AUGUGGCCUGAGCACGAAGACUACAUACUGAUGCCGAAAAGUCGAAGAACUCCAUGGGUUCGUUAUCUUCCUUUUUUGGAACUUCCCCACAUCUUUCAGGGAUCCUACUGCUCGACAUUCAUAAUAUUAAUAAUGGCUUUCGAGACGUCUUUCCUCGUCUAUCAUCUAACCAGAGAGAAGCCUCCGGUGUUCCCUAAAUUCUACAUCUCCAAGAAUGUUAGCAAUAUUGUCGUGGAUAUCAACAAACGUGAGUUGGAUUAGUAUUGCUGUCGAUUUCUCUGAUACUUCAUGAUACCUUCUCGCGCAAGUCGUUUAAAGUCGGGCGCGUAUCAAAUAACCUCUUUUGAGCUAAUCUAAAUGCGACUAUGGUCUUGGAGAUAUGAAAUUUUCAGCCGACACUCCAAUUCCACCAUUUUUCAACCUGAAAACCUCGUUUUUCGUGGGUUUUCUUUCUUUUUUUCAGCUAAAAAUAUUUUUCCAGCAAUCCGACAGGUUCAAACUGAAGGCUUGUGCUCUGGAGAAAAGCAUGUCUUCGGUGCUUUUCUCGUAUUUUUGCGUCCUACACAAUACGGAUGCUUAUAUGGCGCUUCCAGACGAGAAAAAGAGCGAGAGAGUCGAAUACAAUACACUGGAGUGAGUCAUUCCUAUUCAAUUCUAUCUAGAAAAAAGUUCAAAAGAUCAAUGUUUGAAAAAUGAGCUCUUCAGUUAUUUUCUGAGUAUUUGUUUCUGCCGCUGGUAACAAAAAAAAUUGAAAAAAAAGGGUAAAAUUUACAAUUCUUGCAGUUUUGAAGCUGCCCAUUUUUUUUAGUAUUCAAAGCAAUUUUUCCGAAAUCAAGUUCUCUAGGAAGAGCUAUGAAUCCAUCUCACUGUUGAUUCUCAAAAAAUACUCUGUAAACCGCUAAAUGAAGUUUUACAAGAUGGCUUUUUCAAGAAAAAAAAAACCGUUAAAGCUGGUAAUUUCUAUUAUGCACCGAGAAGGAAAAAAGGAUUUUUUAGCUUGAAAUAAGCUUAAACUAUGGAAUAGGAAGAAAAGUCCAGAUCAUGCAAAGACGCGCGAGAGAUCAUCUACCAGCACUACGCAACGCCGGAAGCGAUCGAAAAAGUGAAGCAUUUCCGGAAAUUUGUGAUAGUUAGAGACCCGUUCGAGCGUUUCGUUAGCGGAUUUGUGGACCGUUGUGAUGGGUAUCCCUUUUUUCGACUGAUAAUGAUGAUAAUUUCUCAUAUUUAUCCAGAAAGUACGAUCAAGGAAGCCGAGCGGCGUGCUACGGGUGCGAGAAGAAUUUGACCUGCGUCAUGGAGAAUUUGCUGGUUCGACUCCAGGGAUUUUCCUCUGGACAGCUGCCAAAAACUUCGCACGACUACUACACGGAGCAUUUCAUGCCGUUCACCUGGUCAGUGAGAAAAAUAGACUAUUUCAACAAGUUUUUGUUGAAAAAGUGAGAAAUAGUCAAUUUUAUAAAAUUUGGCAAGUGUAGCCGAUUCACGGCUAGUUUGGGACGCUAAGGGGGCGUGGCCAGUCUGCGCUCUACACACACAAAGCACUAUCUCUUUUUUUUAAUCGUAUCAGGACCCGUUUUUCGAUGACUCAAGACAUCUGUAAUAACAAAAAAAAAAUGGGGAAAUUAUUUUUGAAUGAAGCUUUUUGCGGUGAUACAAUAGAAAACUCUUUUUUUACUUUUUUUAUUUUUGGAAGAUUUUUGUUGAUUGGCUGUUUUUCUAAAACACUUCAACUAAUUAAUUCUCGUUGAUCAAGAUCUUGAGAUAAUUCCCUUCCUCAAUUUUGAAAAAUCAUGAAAUCUUAAAGUCCUACGUUGACUUGAAACUUGAGAAAUAUCAUUUUUCACUAUUUUUUUCCAUUUUUUUCGAAGCUAAAAAAAGUUCGAAUAACCUUUGGAACCCCUUAUAAAAAUUCAAAUUGAACCAUUAACACCCCGAAAUCCGAAUUCAGGCAAUGCAACUUGGACAAAGAAUGGGGGACCUACGAAAUCAUUCCGUUCGAUGAGAAAAACACGACCGUCACGUCUGAAGCCGUCGCGGAGUUGCUCAAAAGCUCUGGAGUCCCUGAAAACGUUCUCAACGAGUACAGGAAAAACAACAAAGGUCUCUAGUUUUUUUUUUCUAUUUUUUGAAGUUCAAACUCUGAAUUAAGGAAAGAACAUGAGCCACACGACUCACGGACUGAAUCAUAGGGAGGAAGUCAAGCAGAACUUAUUGAAAGACCCUUAUUUGAUGGGCAUUUUCCGCAAAAUUUUCUACUACGACUAUAUUCUACUGGGCUUUGAUCAGAGCUUCAUGAAUAGUACGGUCGUCUGA